AUGACGAACAGUAUCCUGAUCCCAACACCGCAUUUCCAUAUCGACCUCGCCGCCCUCGAUGCGCUCCACCCGGUUCACUACAGCCGCCGCCUUCUCAUCUUUCGCUGUGCUUCCCUCGCUCAGCGAGAUGCUCAACUAGCCGCCUUGAGGGUGGGUUUACAAGCCCUGGGGUUGCGUUGUGCCAUUUCAGGUGGUGUCGUCACGCCUCUACCGUCUGCAGAGAUCGAUACCACCAAUGCCAAUCCCGACUGGCGCACAAUUCUCCCUGGCCAUGGCAUUGAACUGGUGGUAAAAGACCUGCGGGCUACAUUGCCUUCUUUAGAAGAGCUUGAAACCUCCGGGUUCCCGGUUGCCUGA